CAGCGGCGCAUCGCGGGUCACAAGCUCUGGCCACGAGCUGCGGAGGACGGGAACAGCGCGGGCUAAUGAAUCAUGAGAUCGUGCAUGGCACUGAGUCAAGCAGCUCUAGUACCGAGGCGAAGGGACAGCUCCCUGACUCGCCACACCUUCACUUUCACGCUGCGACACAGGCACCAGGGAUCGGCUUCCAUCUCACACUUCAUGACAAGAAAGUGACUUCUGGAGUCGAGCCUCUCACUCCCGUAACCCACCUCCAACAUGUCCUUCCCAACAGCCACCCCGCCACCCCCAACCCCAACCUUCCUCAAACUCUCGUUCCCCGCCCCCCGCGUCCUGCUCAUCCGCAUGGACCGCCCCCAAGCAUUGAACGCCAUGUCUACUGCCGGGCAGUGGGAAAUGCACUCGGUUUGGGCCUGGCUCGACGCCGAACCCACCCUCAGCGUCGCCGUCAUCACCGGCACAGGCCGCGCCUUCUCCGCGGGCGCAGACCUCAAGGAGUGGAACGGCAGCAUGGGCGACGACGCGGAUCCGUCCAAGCGGAUGGGCAACAAGCCCGCAUUCACGCCGCUGAGCAGACGCCUCGGGAAAAAGCCGGUCAUCGCAGCGGUGAACGGGCUCGCGAUGGGCGGCGGGUGCGAGUUCGUGGUCAACUGCGAUCUGGUUGUUGCGAGUGAGGAUGCGGUGUUUGGGCUGCCCGAGGUGAAGCGCGGUGUUGCGCCGAUCGGGGGCGCGCUGCCGCGACUCAUACGGACGGUGGGGCUACAAAGGGCGAGCGAGUUUGCAUUAUUAGGCGAACCGAUAACUGCGCAGAAAGCAUGCGAGUGGGGGAUUGUGAAUCGGGUGGUGAAGAAGGAGGAGGUUGUCGAUGAGGCAGUGAGGUUGGCAAGUAAGAUGGCAGAGAAUAGUCCCGAUGCUAUCAUAUGUACCCGAGCGGGGUUGAGAGAGGGGUGGGAGACCGCAAGCGUGGAGAGGGCGGUUGAACUGGUCCUGGAUAGAGAGUGGGCUGAGCUGCAGAAGGGGGAGAAUAUCAAGGAGGGUCUGAAGGCGUUUAGUGAGAAGAGAAAGCCGGUGUGGAAAGGGAGUCGGUUAUGAAGGAUCUGUACAAGUGUA